AUGGCCCCAGCACCUGCAGUAGAGGCACAAUUCAAGAAGGACGAGAAGGCUCUCUGUUUUCAUCAUGAACUGAUGUACGAGGCUAAGAUCAUUGAGGUAUCGUCGAAAGAGGAGGCUGAAAAGAAGAAUGGCUACCAGUAUAAAGUCCACUACAAGGGAUGGAAGAACACCUGGGACGACUGGGUGGAGGAGGACCGGCUCCGCAAACUUACUCAAGAGAAUCGGGAGUUGGCCAACUCGCUUCGACACGCGGUGCUCGAGCAACAACGUGCCCAGAGAGCUCAAGCUCAGCCUGUGAAAAAGAAGACGCAGACUUCAACGCGCGGAAGCGAAGAGCGCCAGACACCAGUUCAAGCUGCCCCACCUCGAGGCCAGAAGAGGAUGCGAGAUCAAGAUCUUGAAAAGGAGGAGGCCUUCACCUCCCGUCGCGCCGUCAGGAUCCUCAUGCCUGACAGGCUGAAGAGCAUCCUGGUCGACGACUGGGAAAACGUGACGAAGUCACUGCAGCUCGUGUCGCUACCUGCAAAGUAUCCUGCUGGCGUCAUUCUCGACGAGUAUUUCGCCUAUGCGACAGCACCAGGUAUGCGCAGCAACGCCGAGUCCGAAAUCCUCCAGGAGGUUGUGCACGGCCUGAAGGAGUACUUCAACAAGGCACUUGGCCGCCUUCUUCUCUAUCGGUUCGAGCGGGAGCAAUUCUUCGACAUCUACUCGGCCAUCAGCCUCCCCACUGGCGACCUAGCUGGGAAGCAGGUAGCGGACAUCUACGGCGGCGAGCAUCUGCUUCGUCUGUUCGUUUCGAUGCCAGAACUCAUUGCGCAAACCAACAUGGACGUCCAGGCUGUGAACAGACUGCGAGAGGAACUCGGAGCCAUGACGCAUUGGCUUCAGAAGGAGCCACAGGUUACCAACUUCUUCCAAUCAGUCUAUGAAAGCCCUGGAUCGGCCUACAUCGAAAAGGUCAAGACUAGUACCUAG